AUGAGUCUUUACUCACAAACCGUCGACAUCACUUCUCCGGAAGGUACAAUGGACGCAAAGCUGGCCUCCACCGACACGCGCGCCUACGCCGCCCUCGCCAUCGCCAUCAUCGCCAUCGGCGCACAGCUCAUCAUGGUGGUCUUCAUGGUGAAGCUGUGGCGCAACGCACGGCCCUCCCACCGGUCGGCCGAUCCCGAACGCGGUCUCGAACUCGACAACGUCCCCCGCGCUGCGCCUGCUGACACACGUCCCCGCGGCCUCCCGGGCUCCCCCAUCGAGUAUCCGGUCGCCCCCACUCCGGCGCAGUCCCACGGCCGCCCGGUCGCGGCUUACAAGGCUUACACGCCUACAGAACGCCACGGGGGGGAGGCCGAUGCGUACUUCUACCCGCCGGCGCCGGCGAGGAAGCCCACGUACACCGCGGAUAGCGGUCUCGGCACGCAGACCCACGGCGCGGACUACCGAGAGCAGCGGCGCGAGGCCCGCCACGAGUCUGACGGGCACAGGACCAACACGAACGACGCUGACUACGGCCGCAGGGGCAACAGGUUUGCCCACGGUACUUAG